AGAAUAAGAAGUAUUUAUUUUGAGUUUUUUUAUUUGAGAAAUUGUUUAGUAAUAUAGUUUUAUGUUUUAUUUUAAUUUUGUACAAAUCGCAAUAUUUUCGUAAAACAUGUUGUUUUAUUUGUUCCUGUGCAACAUAUUGUUCAUUUAUCCAAUCAUCGGAGUCAACACGACUUUGUCAACAAACGACAACAUCACCUUAAGUGUACCUUCCAAAAGUCUGGAGAAGGUCGAAGCUGGUGCUGAUAUAACAAAAGCAAAUAUUUUAAGUGAAGGCGGGCCCAUUAAACAAACUACUCAAACGAUUACGAACCCCAAAGAAAUCCAUCCGGCCUUACUGAAUUUGGAUACAGAACUUGGUAAGGAUAAAUCAACUGUGCCUUCAAAUUCAAAGGUUGUGCCGAGGAAAGGGGUGGUAUUCGAAGACAAAUCUGCUACAAAGCAGACAACUUCGUCCUCAUCACUUCCAACAGUGUCACUGAACACUCCUAAUAAUAAAACAUUAAAUAACAGUUCAAGCACAGAACCAAGUAUCAAUAAGACUCAAGUGAUUAACAAAAAGCCUUUAGUAUUGUCAGAUGAAGCUCUGGCAAAUAUGCCUGAUGUUCGUAAAGAUGAACUUAAAAUACCAAGGAUUCAGUCGUCCAGAACAACUUUGGUAGCUGAUCAGAUUCAGUCACCAAGAAUACAAGUGGCCCCAAAUAGCCAUCCAGGAAUGGUAAUGCCUGUAGUGAUCACCAUACUGGUGGUGCCAAUGUUUGCUGUGCUUGGAUACAUGGCCAUGAAAAGGGGACGAGAAGCUUGGAAAAACCGACAUUACAAAAGGAUGGAUUUUCUCUUGGAUGGAAUGUACAAUGAUUAAGACUUUUAUCAUUACUGGGAUAGUAAUGACUAAUCAAAGUUGAUAUUGACCAAUUGAGUUAAAUAUAGAAUCGAGCAAUUGUGAUAAAAAUAAGACUAAUUUAAAUGUGACACCAAGGGCCAUAUCACACAAGAUGGCAGUUAUGAUUUGAAUAAUGUUUUAAUGUGACAUUCUUUUUCUUGCUCUAAGUUGCUAAAUUUUAUACUAAAUACUGAAUGAGUAGUGUUAUAUUUUAUUGUUCUAUAUAUAAAUAGGAUGUC